GCGACGACCCUGCGGUUUCUCCCCCGUCGUGUUCGGCCGCCCUCCCUCGCCAGUGCGGAGCAGCGAGAUGGGGGGGGCGAUGGAGAUGAAGAAGCGCAUCAACCUGGAGUUGAGGAACCGGGCCCCCGAGAAGGUGACGGAGUUGGUGCUCGAUAACUGUCGGUCCAGCAACGGGGAGAUCGAAGGGCUCAAUGACUCCUUCAAGGAGCUGGAGUUUCUCAGCAUGGCCAACGUGGAGCUGACAUCCCUGGCCAAGCUGCCCACCUUGAGCAAGCUCCGGAAGCUGGAGCUGAGUGACAACAUCAUCUCAGGAGGCCUGGAGGUCCUGGCAGAGAGGUGUCCAAAUCUCACAUACCUGAACCUGAGUGGCAACAAAAUCAAAGAUCUUGGCACUGUGGAAGCUCUUCAAAAUCUCAAGAACCUGAAGAGCCUUGACCUGUUCAACUGUGAGAUCACAAACCUGGAGGACUACAGGGACAGCAUCUUCGAGCUGCUGCAGCAGAUCACCUACCUGGACGGCUUCGAUCAGGAGGACAACGAAGCUCCGGACUCGGAGGAGGAUGAUGAUGAAGAAGGGGAUGAAGAUGAUGAUGAGGAGGAGGAGGAUGAAGCUGGCCCUCCAGGGGAGUAUGAGGAGGAAGAUGAUGAAGAUGAUGGAGGUUCAGACUUGGGGGAAGGCGAAGAGGAGGAGGAAGUUGGCCUUUCAUACCUGAUGAAAGAAGAGAUCCAGGAUGAAGAUGAUGAUGAUGACUAUGUUGAAGAAGGAGCUGAGGAGGAGGAGGAAGCAGAGGGCAUUCGAGGGGAGAAGAGGAAACGAGACCCUGAAGACGAAGGGGAGGAGGAGGACGACUAAGCCGCCCCGGACCCCGGUUAGGAGCAGGCUCUUCGGCUCCCGCCGCCGCCGUAGUGAUUCUGCAGCUCUGUUUGUCUCCAUGUACCAUAGAUGAUGUCCCUCCAGAAGAGAAUCUGGUUAACUUUUUAUAGGAGAGGUGUGGUUUUACUAUUCUUGCCCCCUUUUUAUCAUUCCAGAGCAGAUCUAAUAGCCCCCUGGUAGGCAACCUCUACGUAGAAACCGACUCGCAGCCCUUUGGAUCACCGAAGCCAC